GUACAUAAAUAUCCUUUUCUUUAACCAUAAUAUAGUCCUUUUCUCUGACCAUAAUAUAAUCAGUAGGGGUCAACCCUUCCUGUUACAUUUAAAAAAAUGAUGAUGAUUAUAAUACUAACAAAACAGGAGGUUCAUAGGAAAGGUUCCAAGGUACGAAUGCAAGUGACUAAGCUAAUACUUUUCUUUCUCCACUAGUACAUAGAUAUUGUCUGAACAGAGAAACAGUUGAUAGGAUAGCAGGGGACCCUGUAUUAUAUAUGGGCUGGAACUUACCUGCAAGAGCUGACUUGACUUCCCCGUGCCUCGCUUGUUCUGUGAGCCAAGCAAGAACCAUGGCAGGGAGGCACACUUCACACACAAUGGAACACAAAUUGCUCAAAGCUGUUGCCACCGGCGAUGCAGACCUCUUAGCGCAGGCUCUAGGCAUAUGGCCAACAGCAACAGCUGAGCAAGGUGACGUUGAUCAGAGCUGCUGCCUAAAAGGUGUCACAGCAGAGGGCAGCUCUGUGCUCCAUAUCGCAGCCAGCCGUGGGCACCUGAAGCUCGUCGUGAUGAUAUGUACUCACGACAUCUCGCUCAUCAAGUCGAGGAACAAUCAGCUGGACACACCUCUGAUCUGUGCCGCGAGGGCUGGCCAUGCCGAUGUGGUCGAUUACCUUGUCCGUGCUGCUUCAGCCAUGCAAGAACCUGAACGUUCUGUGCUGAGGGCAUGGAAUUCAGGUGGAGCGACCGCGAUGCAUGAGGCGGUCAGGAACGGCUACGCACCGGUCUUGCAGAAGCUGAUGUCGAGCGAUAGCGGACUGGCCACCGCUGUACUUGGCGGUUGUGUCCAACCGGCCAGAUAUGGUUGGCAUAUUGAUCGGAAAAUCUUCUGACGGUGUGAGGUCGCCAGCAAGCUACGCGGGGCCAGAUGGAAAAACCGCGUUGCACGCUGCGGUCUACAUCGGUAAAGAGAAAUGAGCGAGUCCCUGAGGCGCUGGGAGCCAACACUUGCCGAAAAGGUUGACAUCGAUGGAAGAACUGCCCUUCACUAUGCUGUAUUAACUGGGGAAACUGGAUUGGUCGAACUUCUACUGGACAACAGUUCAGCUGCAUACAUUCCAGAUAAUGAUGGCCUAUUUCCUGUGCAUGUUGCUGCUAUAGCCGGCAAGGCCAGUGUUACCCGUAUGUUGAUGGAAAUGUGUUUAAACUGUGAUGAGUUGCUUGACAACAAACAGAGAAAUGUUUUACACUGCGCUGUUGAAUAUGGAAGGUUAAUGGUGGUGUGGUACAUAUGCAGAAACCCAAAGUUCACGAGGUUGUUGAAUGCAGGAGAUUGUGAAGGAAACACACCGCUCCAUCUAGCUGUAAAGCAUGGCAAUGCAAUUAUCAUCUCCUGUCUUAUGAUGAAUACUAGAGUGAAUCUCAGCAUUAUUAACCAUGGGGGAUCAACACCUCUAGAUGUUGCCUUCAACAAGAGCACUCGUUAUUAUUCAUUAUCAUGGCUCUCUAGUACCAGCAUCACCAUGUGCCUACAAGCUUGUAAUGCUUAUACCAGCAGAUUCCUAAAUCGAGCUGAUAAGAGGUUCUUGGAAGACAAGGAGGAAUCAAGCGUUUACACCAAUGUGUCCCAAAGUAUCUUAUGUAUCUCCGUACUAAUCGCAGCAGGUUCAUUUGCUGCUGCUUUCACUCCUCCUGGGGGAUACAUUGCAGACGGUGAGGAUGCUGGCAUGCCAUUGCUCAAAGAAUAUGCUGAAUUCUCGAGCUACGUGGCUGCAAAUAGCAUGUCGUUCUAUUGCUCCACAUUUGCGACAUGUCUGCUUGUGCAUGACAGUCUAACAAAUAGGCGUGUUAGGAACUCCCAACGAUUAUCUCUCAGGAACUGGAAUUAAUCACGAAUUGCGCAUACAAGAUUUCUCAACCCCGAAGG